UAUGAUCUAGAUUCUAAUUCAUCUGUGGCAAAUGGCUCCGGACUUUGUGCGUUAAUCUUGAACAACAAUAAUAUUAUGUUCAAUUAUUAAUUUAUGCAUUAAUCUGUAUUGUUUGUUAAACAACUGCUAGCUAUUUACAAAAAAAACAAUCACACUACAAUAUUGAGUGGCAUGAACAUUUCUUGUUAGUUCUUCGAUUUCUCAAUUUCUGAAAGAAAUGGAUGAGGAAGGAAAACUACCAUUAAAACGAGUUGAGUUAUCAUUAUCUAAGUUCAAUGAAGUUGCAAUCCCUCACCAUUUAGACCUGUUGCGACAACACAAAGCCAACAUUCUAAAGUAUGAGGAAACAGGUGACUACAGUCGUGUCCGAUGUGAACAAGUACAUGCGCGUCGUGUGUCGUCGCAACUGCGAGCAUUGCUUGGCGAGAUGGAGGCUCUUAGAAGGCAGGUGUGCUGUGCCGAUCGAGCUCGUUUCGACAAACUCACUCAACACUCUAGAGACCUGACCUUGAAAGCAAUAAUGGACUAUCUAGGUGUUAUAGAGAGGAGUUGCAUUGCUAUAGUAGAGUCGAACCAAACACGAGCAUCUGCCUGCGAGACGAGUCCCUUGUCCGUAAAUCGUACGUCGGCCUCGGCGAUGGAUGACGCCGUAGAGUCCAGCAGCCUGGCGUCCACGGACUCCGUCGGCAUAGUCCCGGAGCAAGUGCAGCUGCGAGUGGAGCCCGACGCAAGCAUGUCGCUACGGGAACGCGAAGCCGUGUUGGCGGGUUGGAGCGCGCUGCAGAGCGAGGUGAGGGCUCUGCACGAGGCCUGGCAGAGCGUGCAGGCCGCGGCCCUGCGCCAGAGGCGGCCUGUAGAAGCCGCCGCCGUCGGCGUCGAGGUUACGGCCGACGCCACGAGCGACGCGCGCACGCACCUAGCGCUCGCCGAGAGGCUCCGGGCGUGCAUGUACGGAGCGGGCGGCGCGGUGGCCGGCGCCGUCAUAUUCGGCCCCGCGGGGCUACUGCUGGGGGCGAAGGCCGGCGCCGCGGCGCUCGUGGCUGGCUCCGCGGUCGGCUACCUCGCCGCCGGAGUAUUGGGGCGCCGCCGCCGGGCGCAGAUCGACGAGCGGCCGCCCGAUAAGUGCCAAUAGACGUCGCGUAGCGUACCAUAAAACCAUAUCUUACGUAAUAAAAAGACAAGUUUCUAUGUUGAUCGAUUCAAGAUUUUUGGUUUAUUCGAAAUGAUAGACGUGACGUCUCUAGUGAUGGUUCUCCUGGCUUAAAAAAUAUUACUACGCACAAAAAGAAGAGUAUUGCCACAUAUGGCUCGCCCUGUAACUGCUCUUUUGUCUGUUAUUUGUAUGUACAUAAUAUAUAUAUAAAGAUUGAAAGUAUUUUUCUAGUAUAUUGUAUUAUUAAAUUUUUACUUUGAAGGUAAAAUCUGAUUUUUUUCUAGUCAAGAGUAGGUGACUAAGCAACUACUGUGCACGUAGUGAAGCUGCCCAUUGCACUUCAAAUGUUUAUAUGAAAUUGAAUGAUAUAAAUAUAAAAUUUUAUUGAGAAAUUCAUUGUUGGCUAGUAAAACUACUAAGAGCUGCCAAACUUUGUCUAUUAUAAUUUUUAUUUACUCUUUAAUUAUAAGUAAAAUGUAAUUGUGUUUAUGAAAGAUCGAGACUCGCAUAAAUUGCUGAUCCCUAGGAACUUUGUUAAUUGCCGAGGUUAACUAUUUAAAAUGUAAAUAUUAUAUUUUUCUAUAUCCA